AUGUCUCCAGCUCAGCUACUCCGCUCCGGUCAGUUCUUCGUGCGCAGGUCGCUCGCAACAGCAGCGCGCCCACCAUUGAGUGCUCUGAGCGCGUCUGCUCGCGCAAAGGCAGAGCAAAUAUCCUCAGAAUGGAAGGGGACAAGUGCUUCGGGAAAUAACACGAAGAACUUCAUAGGCGGCGAGUUUGUGGAAAGCAAGGCGCAAGCGUGGAUCGACGUCGUUGACCCAGCUACUCAGACUCUGUUGACUAGGGUGCCAGAAACUACGAGCACAGAGUUCGAUCAGGCCGUGGCGGCUGCCUCUGAAGCGUUCAAGACAUGGAGCCGGUCGAGUGUCCUAACUCGUCAGCGGUUCGUUCUGGAACUGCAGCAUCUACUACGUAAUAAUGCGGAUGCCAUUGCGAGCAGCAUCGUGCUCGAGCAAGGCAAGACCCUUGCAGAUGCCCAUGGAGACGUGCUUCGAGGUCUCCAGGUGGUUGACACCACCUCUAAUAUCCCGACGGCCCUCUUAGGCGACACAAUUGAAGUUAGCAAGGAUAUGGACACGUCGACAAGACGACUACCGAUUGGUGUUUGCGCAAGCAUUGCCCCCUUCAACUUCCCUGCGAUGAUUCCGUUGUGGACUAUCCCAAUGGCGAUUGCAACUGGCAACACGCUAAUCGUGAAGCCUUCCGAGCGUGAUCCCGGCGCUGCUAUGAUAAUCGCUGAGCUAUGCCAACGCGCUGGCUUGCCUGACGGCGUCUUGAGCGUAGUGCACGGAACCGUCCCCACUGUCAAUGCGAUUUGCGACCACCCAUCCAUCAAGGCAAUCAGCUUUGUGGGUGGGGACCGUGCUGGCAAGCACAUCUAUGAAAGAGGGCGUAAAUCCGGAAAGCGUGUACAGUGUAAUAUGGGUGCCAAGAACCAUGCCGUGUUGAUGCCAGAUGCAAACAAGAAUCACGCGCUGAACUCUUUAAUUGGUGCUGCUUUUGGCGCUGCCGGUCAACGUUGUAUGGCCAUUUCCGUAGCCGUACUGGUCGGAAACGCACAAAGUUGGCUGCCAGAGCUAUGCGAGCGUGCGAAGAAGCUCGUCGUGAGUCAAGGCUUUGAAAAGGGCGCAGACCUGGGGCCUGUCAUCUCUCCUGCGGCGAAGCUACGCAUCAUCGGUCUGAUUGCAUCUGCCGAAGAACAGGGAGGCGUUGUGGCACUGGACGGGCGGGGGCUGGAGGUGUCUGGUUACCCCGACGGAAACUGGGUCGGUCCGACUGUCAUCGAGGCGACAGCUGACAUGCGGUGCUACAAGGAGGAAAUCUUUGGCCCAGUCCUGAUCGUGGUGAAAGCAGAUACGCUUGACGAUGCGCUCGCGAUCAUCAACGCGAACCCGUACGGCAACGGCACGGCGAUCUUCACGCAGAGCGGCGCAACAGCACGGAAGUUCGAGCGGGAGGUCGAGGUGGGGCAGGUCGGUAUUAACGUGCCCAUCCCCGUGCCUUUGCCAAUGUUCUCGUGGAGCGGUAACAAGGCGAGCUUCCUCGGCGAUGUCCCGUUCUACGGGCGGAGUGGCAUUGACUUCUACACUCAGAACAAGACCACGACCGCGUUAUGGAGAGCUGAGGACGCAAUCGGCAACAAGGCCUCCGUUGACAUGCCCACACACCAUUAAUGCGUCUGUAACUACAUGAAACCGGUAUGAGUGGGUAUGGCUACAUUGUGUAUUUCUACUUCAGUACAUCCGGGAUCCAUCAUGCUCUUCUCAUUACGUACAAUCCCACCUUAAGUCGAAGG